GUUUGAGGCUAACUAUUGCAUAAACAUUGCCAUGUGUUUGGCGGGUAGUUCUGUCAAUAGGCCUUUGAAAACGUAUUCCUCGUUUCCAGCCUUAUGAUGCCUCCAAAGAGAAAAACGAGAGAACCUGUGAAAAAGCUAACUGAUAAAGAAACGAAGUUAGUUAAUCAUGAUAUUGAAGAAAAAGAUAGUACCCAGAAAAAAUCUAUAAAAGGGAAUAAAAAUAAAAAUAUAGAACAAAAUGAAAAGAAGACACGUCCUGUUAGGAAAAGGAAAAGUGAAGAAAAUAUAAACCAAAAUGUGCCAUCAGCUAAACAGAAACGAAAAGAAGAAAUAGAAAAUGCUGUGAGUGAACAGAAAAGUUCGAAAGGAAAAAAAUCUAAAUGUGGUGAUUUCACUCUGGAAGGUUCGCAGGGGAAAAUACCUGUGACAAAUACAAAGAAAAUUCUUAAAAAACAUGCUGAUUCCACGGAUGGUUUGAAGAAAGGAAAGAAAAUAUUGAAGCGUAAAGAUGACUUAACACUAGAUGGCAAAACUAAGUCAAAACAGGAAGAUAUAAGAAAUAAAGAAGAAAUUAUUAAUGAAUCGUUGAAUGAAAGUGACAGUGAAGAGGAUGAUUUUGAGGAAGUAAAAGACAAGUCCAUUAAGGAAAUAAAAGUGGAAAUGGUUGCCUUGGAGACAAAACCUGAUAUAUUGCAUCCUGUUGGUGUGAUGAGUGAUUCAGAUGACUCAGACUUUGAAAAUGUCGAAAAUGUGGGAUCCAAAAAGGAUGAGGCUAAAACAAGUAAAAAGAAACCUACAAUUACAAGGAAAACUCUCAAAACUACGCCAUCCGCAAAGAGAAGAAGUAAAUCAAGUUCAGAUGUUAAAAGCAAACCUGGAACCCGAAAACGGCAGAGUAGAAAAGGUGCAGCAGAAGCGAAAUCUAAGUAUUCCAAGAUGGAUGAAGUUAAGGCUGAAGCAGACCUCACUUCAGCCACCAAACUUGACGAUAUUGAUAAAGGGGAUGUGACGGCCAUCUUGUUGAGAAUGGAAGGUGCAAGCUGCUCUCAAUCAGUAGCUUCAGGUGAAGGUCAAGGUGAGAGGAAGGUCAAAGGGUUAAGGUCAUCAACUGAAGACGAAGAUGAUGAUGAUGAUGAUGAGGAAGAAGAUAGUGAAGACUGGGAGGAAGUGGAAGAUCACAAAGGAAGCCAGUUAAUAUCUCGGAUUCCAACAGAGCCGGUGGAAAUCACACUAGAAGCACCUGAUGUCAUGAGGAAGAAGAGGAAAAAGAAGAAGUUUGACUGGCUUGGUUACAUUCAGCGAACAAUGAGAAGGUUUCAGAAAGAUGUUCGAAUUAACAUGCAUAAGGUGCAUCUUCUGUGUCUACUGGCCCACGGCUUCCGUCAGAGCAACAUCUGCAACGCCGACACGCUGGAGGCACAGGCCAUCUCGGUCAUCCCGGCCAGGUUUACUCAUGGCGUCGCGUCCUGCAGCUUCGAGGGGUUGAGGCAGAUUGUCAAGUGGUUCCGCGAGGAAUUCCCCCUCCAGGCCAAGUCUCAAUACUUCGAUGGUGAUGAAAACAAUACUGGAUUGAUUAACCAAGCCCAGUUAGAAGCAGCCAUUUCAACACGCCAGAUUUGUGAUGGCAGAAUUCUUGCAAUUAUUUUCAUCAUUAUCUUGAGGACGCUAGGAUUUGAUGUACGACUGAUGAUGUCACUUCAGCCAAUGGGAAUCAAGCUUGCCGAAGAAGAUAAGUUUAAAGUGAAGAAAGAAUCCAAAAAUGGAGAAAGCCCCUCCAGUUCAGUUACAACUCAGGUUAAAGAAGAAACUGCAGAAAAAGGCAAAAAGCGUGCUGGAAAAAAUAAAAGAUCUGACAACCCCAAAUACUCUAAAAGUAGUUCUGCUGGACGAAAAGUAAACUCUAAAUCCAAAGAUCAAUGCAAAACAGAAAUGGUGGACAAAGACACUAAAACCAAGGCCAGGAAACAAAAAGGUGAAAACAAGUCUAAGAAGGGCAAGGCUGCCAAGGGGAAACAACUCUCAAAGAAAAAACAUUCUUCAGAAGAUUCUGAUUCUGAUUCUGAUGCGGAAGAGAAACCCAAGAGGACAUUACGGAAAAGAGAUGAGAAGAAAACGAUGAAUGAAGAAAAGGAUGCGAGUGAGUCCGGGUUUGAAGAAAGUGUUCCUAGUGACCGUGACAGUAGCUUCUCAGAGGAGGAAUGUAAUAUGAAGAAGAGGAAAGGAAAGCGUGGAAGCAAAGGGAAGCAGAAAGCUGUAAAGAAAGAGAAGAUGGAGGAAGAGGUCAUUCAACUGAGCUCUGGGAGUGAGUUCACGGAGGAAGAGACAUCUUUCCGGAGCCCCCUCUCGGAGAAGUUGCGAAGGAAGAAGAACAGGAAGAUUCUCUCUUCGGACUCGGAUGGUGACAACAGAUCUGGAAAUAAAGGCUGUGACAUCUGGACAGAAGUGUUUCUGCCAAAAGAAUCAAGAUGGGUGUGUGUUGACUGUGCACACAAUAUUAUGGACAAGCCAUAUGAGAUUGAAUCCAAGCUGGUCCAGCCAGUUCACUACGUGAUCGCCUUCAGUGCCGAUGGGUAUCUCCGAGACGUGACCGCCAGGUAUGCCUCCCAGUGGAUGUCUCAUACUCGGAAACUGAGAGUGGAUCCGGAGUGGUGGGAUGAAACACUGGAGCUCUACAAGAACCCAGCACCAGAGCAGGGAGAUAACGAUGAAGAUGAUAUCAGGGCUCAGCUCAUGAAGAGACCACUGCCUACCAGCAUAGGCCAGUUCAAGAACCACCCACUGUAUGCACUGUCUCGUCACCUGUUGAAGUACGAGGCGAUCUACCCCGAGUCCUCCAUCCCCCUUGGCUACAUCCGGAGUGAGCCUAUCUACGCUAGAGAGUGUGUUCAGACUCUUCAUUCCCGGGAGAACUGGCUGAAAGAGGGAAGAGCAGUCCGGCUGGGUGAACAAACAUAUAAAAAUGUCAAAUCAAGGAAGAGAUGGAAACAAAAACAACCAAAGGAAGAUCCUGAUGCCCUUGACCUUGAGCUGUUUGGACUGUGGCAGACGGAGAUCUACAUCCCUCCUCCUGCUGUUGACGGCAAGAUUCAGCGGAACGAGUACGGGAACAUUGAGCUGUUCAAGCCGUGGAUGUUGCCAGGGGGAACAGUGCACCUGCAAGGAUUCCCAGCUCUGAACCGAGUCGCGAAGAAGCUGAACCUUGACGUAUCGCCGGCCAUGGUGGGCUGGGACACUCACGGUGGCUUCCCUCAUCCUCUGAUUGAUGGCUGGGUUGUGUGUGAGGAACACAAGGACAUCCUGAUCGCUGCGUGGGACGAGGACCAGGAGAUACAGAAGCAGAGGGAGAUGGAGAAGAGGGAGAAGCGAGCCCUGGGCAACUGGAAACUGUUGACACGAUCACUGCUUAUCAGAGAGAGGCUGAAAAAACGCUUCGAUCUGCAGGAUACAAACCCCGAGGAGGUGGAGGUGGAGGAGGACGAUGGGGAGGAGAAGGGGGGAAAGGGGGAGAAGGCAAUGGACGUCAUUCAGUCGUGGCCGGCAAACAGGCAGAAGGGGAAGCACAAAAAACACCAUCCCCCAUCGGAAACCAUGGAAACCAUGUGAUCAGUGUGGAACUAUCAGUGAGAUACAAGCAGCUGUAGCUGUCGGAGUCAUGGCAACCCGGUGACACAACACACUGAAAUGUGGAAACUUCCAAGUCAUUUGAAGAUGAACUUCGACCUUGUAUUCAGGGUGUUGCCAGUUUUCCAACUGUCCAUGCUUUAAACUAUUUCAGCCAUUCAGCUCAUCAACACAUACCUCCUUCCCCUGCUGAAGCUGACACGAAAAGCUGAACAAUAUGUUUAGGACAUUUAUUAAUCUGGGGAAAUCAACCAAGUGAUGCGAGUCUUGAUAAUCUGACCAACACAUACCCACUGUUAUUGUACAUAUUUUCUUGACUUGGCUGGCUCAAGUGGGGAUUUUGUAUUCUGAAAAUUCAUUCAACCAGCCUCACAUAAUUACUCUUAAGGAUUUUGCUAGUCUUUGUCGAUAUGAUUUAAUUAUUUUCUUUUAAAUCUGGGAGACACGGAUGGCCCAGUCGACUAAGGCGCCGCGAUUUGCUGUGCAGCAUUGAGUCCUGUGGGCAUGCCAGUAACCCAUGAUUGUGGGUUCUAGUCCCGGUUCGCCCCGAUUAUGUUUGCAGGUUUGUCAGCACCAUACCCGUGCUCGUGGGUUUCACCGAAGUGGUAAACGUAUGAGACCUGCAUCACUUCGGGCUUUCCUCCCACAUUAAGCUGACACGCCAUGAUAUAACUGGAAUACUGUUAAAAGUGGCAUUAAACCCAACUCACUCCCUUUUAAAUCUGAAUGAUUUAACCUAACUUUCCAAUUGGAAAAGGAAGAGCAUUCUCAUGGGCAAAGGACCUCCAUAAGCUACCAUCACUACUGAUCCACCCCAUAGUGCUUCUGGGGAAGACGAGGUCCCAAGUACCCCAUGCUUGUUGUAAGAGCUGAUUGAGAGGAAUGGGUGGUCAGUUUCGGUGAUCAGUGAUUUUGUUGAUGGUGUGUCGUGCCCUGAUGGACUGUUGCUCAUGUUUUCAGUCACUGGUUUGCCUGAUCCAGACCUGAGUAUUUACAGGCAGCAAUGUUUAAGGGAGACUAUGCUUCAUGGUCCCAUUUUCAGUCUCGGGUAUUAUCAGACCAAGGAACCAAGGGAGGCAACUCAGUCUGCACAGCGAGUUGCCAAACAGUGUCACAAGAAAUUAUGAGAAUCUUUAUGACUGAAAUUAUCUCAUCUCAUCAUCAUCAUCCAUUAAGUGCUAAUUGUUAUUUUAUAUAUGGCAGCAUUAUACACAAUGAUCAGUUUUGUAACAAUUGUCAUUCCAAAUAGUAAUAUAGUCUAGAAGAAUUUUAUACUGAAAAUAUACUGACAAUGGCAAUAAAGAAAAUACACAAA